AUGACGACCUGCGCGAACGCAUUAGUAGAAGAAAUCGGACUGUCGUCCGUCGGCGACGACCAUGAAAGCGAAGACGAUAACAUAGAUGAUUACAUCGACGACAUCGAAACGAUCGGAAAUCACCGAAACAUCGACGUCACCGUCUUUCUCGACGAGGAACUCCCCAUCAUCGAGGACGACGAUGAUGACGAUGAGUUCGGCGAUGACUACGUCGACGCGAAUGAUUGUGAUGCGGACGGACGCAAAUUACGCUUGUUUUCACCUGCGAAUCAAGCAAAAAGAAGAACGAAAAGUAUCUCGAUUGAAUCAGCGCCAGUAGUGCUCCCUCUUACACCCCCAAGACGGUCGAGCUCACGGCGCUGCUCAGAUUUUCUGAAGAACGCAUUUAGUAGUACCCGCUCUAGUAGCACACCAAAAACCCCUAAACCCAAGGCGGCAAGAAGCACUCCAACAACGCGAAACAGUGCUCCUGCUCAGCAAAAAGUGACCAUAACCAAAAGUGGUCGAAAAUCAACAACAAAACCGAAGAAGGAUGUAUUUCUCCUUCCCGAAACGCGGCCUUAUAAAAAACGAGAAAAGCCGAAAGCAAAGCCGCCAGUUACGGAGAAGUUCAAUGCUCUGUACGCUGAGUUUCCAAAACUCCAGUCGCAAGAUCCAAAAGAGCUUGACGACUUCUUCCGGAAAAUGGCGGCCAACGAGAUUUCUAAUUUCAACAAGACGAGCGACAUGGUUUAUGGCAGCGAUCGGCCAUUUAUCGACAAAGCAUGUGAGCUCGGACUCGUAGGCUACAAGAUUCCAAGUCGUUUGACGGUCACGAUGGUUUCCAAAAACUCGUUGUACAAAUAUGAGUUUCAUGGAUUGAUUACGGAACUAAAGAAGAUCAAGGGAUCGAACGGGACGCGAGGAAGAAUACGCGUGAAGGAAAUCGAGCCCCCUCCUCGCAAGCGCAAACCCAACACGGAUCGAAAGCAAGUAAUUCAGCCCGCUCCAACGCGGCGACAACAUGCAAAGCAUCAACCUUGGCAAUGCGACAACCGCCACGCCGAUUGUCAUCAACAACGGACAAAUUCAGCUGGGAAACUUGAACAUCACCACACUUGGUGGAGCGGGAGGAAUCAAGUGCUCGACUUGAAUCAGCUCUCUUCGCUGUUCAAUAACGACGGAAAGCAACAAUCCUUUCAAAUCGUUCAAGCAGCUCCACAAGCUCAAUCCGUUCAAGUCGUGCGCCCCGUCACCAUCGUCCCCGUCCAGAAUGUAACGACAUUCCAAAACGUUACGACAGUCAAGCAAGUCGCAAAAGCAGAGCCGCAAGUGAAGAAACCAGUCGUGAAAGUAGAAAGAAAGAUUCAAUCUCCCUCUCCCGCUACCAGCGCGCCUGUUUCAGUCUCUGCCGCAGCCGCCAACAAAAAUGAGGAGACAAAGAAAGAAGAAGUAAAAUCCGAACCACCAUGUGAAGAGGUCUACAUCGACACGUCGGAGAAGCAACUUAUGCCACCGCCUCCGACGCCGAUAAUGCCGAAAUUGAUGGAGGAAAAGAUGCCAAAGCCGAUUUUGCCUAAUCUGGCACCUUCUCAGGUCUUCAAAAUCGACACUUCUUCUAACAGCUUUGAGCUCAUGCCACCUCCUGCAAUUCCAAUAAGAAAACUGAGCAUCAAAGACCGUCUGAUCAAAUCCCCCGAAAACCCGCCAAGAAUUCCCAAACUCGAGCUGGUCCGGAAAGACUCGAAGAAGAGCGUGAAGGAGAAGCCGGAAGAUAAAGUAAUCGUUAUCAAGCCGACCGAAGAAGAAAAGAAAAUAUUGGAAGAAAGUGAAGGCGAACUCGAGAUUCCAAUUUUCAAAGAUCGCGCGCUCGAGACGCAAAUGAUCAUUGAACAUUUGGACCGACAAGUCGAGGAGAAACUUCGACAAGAACGAGAAAGAGCACAAAUGCGAAUGAAAACGAGUAGCAACAUCUUGAGAAGAAGCGAUUCUAGCUCAAGACGAUCAAGUGCCUCCCCCGUGCCAGCCAAAAACACCCUUCCCCAAAACUCAAACUCAUCCAAACCCGCCUCAAACUCCCCCAAGAAAACCCCCAUCACUGCGCCCUCUUCUGACAGCAGCCCAAAGAAAGUUGCUCCAAAACCCACGGAAAGGACUACACCGGUCAGCAUCAAACCUACCAUCAUUGAAAACAAUUCCACGAUCAUUAGAUCCCUUCCUGACGGCUGUCAACUUCUACCUAUCUUCAAUCUGGCGCAAGCCUUCACGACCAUUUCGGCGUCGAAUAUUAUUACAGUAGUGCAAAGUAAACCCAACAAGGUGCCUAUCCCUCAGAAUACUUCUUCCUCAAAAAUCGCUUCCGCGCCGAGUUCAACCCCCAUUCAAUCAACAACCGUUCAAAAUUCGAAUGUCGCAAGUUCUAAGCCGGCUCCUGUCAGUAUUCAGCCAAAAUCGAGCAAUAACCCGAUUGAACACUCUAUCAAUCUCCUCAACAAAGCCAACCCUGGUGCUAAUGAACAUAAAAUAACGCUGAAAAUUGGCGGAGGGGACUCUCCCGUCGAAUCCGAACCUGCCCGAGCUGACAAUGCUGACCGAUUCGUUUCGUUCAAGAAAUCAGCACCCACUGGAUCUGCAAUAGUAGCCACAGCUGAAUCUAACCCUUCAAAAGCUGCUGUGAGAAAACUCGACCUUGCUAAGAAAAUUGAACCAGCAAUUCAACGACUCAAGAACGCGCAAAAGAAAGAAGCUGGAGAAGAAAGUCAAACUGUCACGAAAAUCCGUGUGAGAGCUGGAUCUAUUGGAAAGAACGUCCUAAAGACAACUGCUAUUCAGAAACAAGUUUCGCCUAUUAUGAGACGUCCUACUAUGCGAAAACGGACGGAGACCUUCUCCGACGCUCAUUACCAGGAACUGAUGGGCGACAACAAGGAUCCCGCCAAUCGCAACGACGAGCAAGUGGAGUCCAUCCGCAACUUCAUUGCCGACACCAUCGAAGAAAAGCGCCUAAACGAAGGUCAGAGCGCAGCCGAUGAGAAUGACGAGUUCGAAGACUUCGACAUUGGUGAUCUUGACGCGCCAGUUUUUAUGGACAACAUCCAGCCGGACGCGUUCUACGUCCUCAACGAAGAAGCGAUUCAAUCCGACCCGGACUACAUCAAAAACCUUCUUCGAAUCAACAACAACGGAAUAAUCUUACCUGACGAUUCCUCGUCUCCUUCCUCUCCUGCCAUUUCCAAUGCUGAUUCUCCUCUCUCUCCCUUCCUCGAAUUCGACGAGAACAGCAACAGUUCCUCGGUCAUCAAGCAAGAGGAAGAGCGCCCCUCUCCUCCGCUCAAUCGGAACAGCCAAUUGGACGCUGCAUCAAAGCGAGCUUGUGAUCACCCCGACAGUAGCCACACCGAGCCGAGAAGAAAAAGGCGGAAACCAGAGAACCCAGUCAAAAUCGAAGAAGAGAACUCUCUUUCUUCUCACGUGCCAGCCGCCCACGAGCGCGAAGAGAUGAUCGGGCAGAAUUACGAUUUCUCGAGUUUUUCCAAUUAUGAAAAUGAAGAAGAAGUAGAGAUCAAAGAAGAGCCAAUGGAAUAUGAAGAACAGGAGUCACAGAUUACUCCUGACAGAUCAGCUUUCAUCGCUCAAAUCGAAGAAGACAUGAAACAGGAGGAGGAAAAAUUCGACGUCGCUAAAGACAUGGAAGACUCCGAUUCUGACUCUCAAUCUAGCGACAUCUCGCUCUUCUCCGACAUCGAAAUGUACGAAGCCGAAGACGAGUUUGAAAAGGAACUACUUCUUUGGCGAGAGAGCGGGGAAGCAGACCACAUUCGCAAGUUCGCCGAGAGGAGUUUCACCAGAACGCCUACGGAUGAGCAAAACGCCGCGAAUUUGGAAAUGCUCAGAGCAGUUGGGAGAGAAUUCGACAAUAAAUAUCCCGCUCCUGAGAAGAUAGAGAAGCAGAAGCUGUCGCCUGACUCAGGAUUCGACGAAGAGUCAGAGCAAGAGGUGGAGAACAAGGAAGAGUACGGCGAGCCCCUGUCACCUGACUCGACUGCUUCUUUAUCGCCCCCGCAUUUUGCGGGAGAAAACGAGACUUUGGAGAAGCAAGCGAAAGAAUCGAAAACACCUGACAGAAAACACAUUAAUCACACGAGUAAUCACAGUAAGUUCUACGCGCCCAGCAAAUUAGACACUCCUCCUGCUACUCCUCCUCAAAACACGAUGAUCACAUUUGAACAAGAAAGAAAUGCUGAAGAUAUUGAAGCUCUUGCUAGAGUUCAAAUGCUGGAGAAAAUCGUGGAUCUAGAAAGCUGCCCAAAAGUGCGUGACGUGUCGAUAAGUCACGUGGCCCUGGAUCGCUACAAAAUAACGAAAAGAAUCAGAACAAAGCAAAACGACCGGCGAAGAAAUCAUCGCAGCCUGCAGCGCGGCUUCGUGCUCCAAGUCACCGAGAGCUGCAGCAGCGCUGGCAUCUACAACAUGAUCAAGGACUUUGCACAAGAAGUGAACAUUAGAUCGGUGCAAGAAGUAAGCACGCGAAAGCAUCUCGUUAUGCUUUCGACCGAAAGUGGAAAGGAGCGGUUUUACAAAGCUCUGAACGGAGUUAAAAGAAGCUUUGGAUGGAAAAUUCGUCCGGCUGAUGAAUCCAUUUUACCGACUCUUUACGACCAGAAAUGA